UGAAAGUUGUCUUGGCUUGAAAAAGCGUUGAGUCUGCACUCGCUAGUUUCCAGCGCCGCUGCUUCACACAGUUUCUCCCGGAGAGAUGAGGCGGAAAGAGAAGAGGCUGCUGCAGUUCGCCGGGCUGCUCAUAGCGGCUCUUCUUUUCCUCCCCAACGUCGGGCUGUGGUCUUUGUACCGGGACCGGGUGUUCGACAACUCGCCCAACAGUGUGGAAGGACCAGGGGGCAUUCUGCCGAUACAGGGUUUGAACCAGAUGAGGAAGGUCGCUCAGGUGGGACUCGAUGGUGUGCGGCGGACAGACUGGCACGACUACGAAGCAAUGAGGAGAGAUGCUGCUCGCUCAGGUAACGGUGAACAGGGGAAGCCUUUCCCUCUGACAGAAAUUGACCAGGUCGACCAGGCCUACAGGGAGAAUGGCUUCAACAUUUACGUCAGCAACCGGAUCUCCCUCAAUCGCUCCCUCCCUGACAUCCGCCAUCCAAGCUGUAAACAGAAGCUAUAUGCAGAGAAGCUGCCCAACACCAGCAUCAUCAUCCCCUUCCAUAACGAGGGCUGGUCGUCGCUGCUGAGGACUGUUCACAGCGUGCUCAACCGAUCUCCUCCACAGCUCAUAGCAGAGGUCAUCCUGGUCGACGACUUCAGCGACAAAGAGCACCUAAAGGUGCCACUGGAGGAGUAUAUGAUUCGGAUGCCAAAGGUUCGUAUCCUGAGGACCAAGAAGAGGGAGGGGCUGAUCAGGACUCGCCUGCUUGGAGCCGCCACCGCUAAAGGAGAAGUUAUCACUUUCCUGGAUUCCCAUUGUGAGGCCAACUUCAACUGGCUGCCUCCGCUGCUGGACCGAAUCGCCCAGAACAGGAAGACUAUCGUGUGUCCAAUGAUCGAUGUGAUCGACCACGACAACUUUGGCUAUGACACGCAGGCGGGGGACGCCAUGCGAGGGGCGUUUGACUGGGAAAUGUACUACAAACGGAUACCAAUCCCUCCAGAGCUGCAGAAGGACGACCCCAGUGAACCCUUUGAGUCACCAGUGAUGGCAGGCGGACUGUUUGCUGUGGACAGGAAGUGGUUCUGGGAGCUGGGAGGAUAUGACACGGGUCUGGAGAUCUGGGGAGGAGAACAGUACGAGAUCUCCUUCAAGGUGUGGAUGUGUGGUGGUCGGAUGGAGGACAUCCCUUGCUCCAGGGUGGGACACAUCUACAGGAAGUACGUCCCCUACAAAGUUCCCGGUGGGGUCAGCCUGGCGAGGAACCUGAAACGUGUGGCAGAGGUGUGGAUGGACGAAUAUGCCGAAUACGUGUACCAGCGUCGGCCAGAGUACCGCCACCUGUCAGCAGGAGACAUGACGUCACAGAAGGAGCUGAGGAACCGCCUCAACUGCAAGAGCUUCAAGUGGUUCAUGAGUGAGGUGGCCUGGGAUCUGCCCAAACACUACCCACCGGUGGAACCUCCUGCUGCAGCGUGGGGAGAGAUUCGUAGCGUGGGCAGCGGUAUGUGUAUGGAGAGUAAACACUUUGUAUCAGGGAGUCCCAUCCGCCUGGAGAGCUGUGUGAAGGGGCGGGGCGAGGUGAGCUGGAGCCACGGGCAGGUGUUCACGUUUGGAUGGAGAGAGGACGUCCGGGUGGGCGACCCCAUGCACACAAAAAAAGUCUGUUUUGAUGCCAUCUCCCACAACAGCCCCGUCACCCUGUACGACUGUCACGGCAUGAAGGGCAACCAGCUGUGGCGCUACAGAAAGGACAAGAGUCUGUAUCACCCCGUCAGUAACAGCUGUAUAGACAGCAACCCGACCGAGCGGAGAAUCUUCAUGAAAACGUGUGACCCCUCCUCCCCCAGCCAGCAGUGGCUGUUUGAGAGAACCAACGCCACCGUGCUGGAGCACUUCAACCGGGGCACCAACUGACUCCCUGCAGCAUCCACAAAAACCAGACUCCCGAUGCAUGUAGUGGAUCUGCUGCUGAUGCUGUGAAGUGCGGUUUUACAUUUACUCUGGCUCCCCGUUUACCUGGCGCUGAGGUGAUAGCUGUUUCUCUUUGGGAUGCUCAGAGUGAGGCAGGAUGGGACACCGUGGGGGAAGUUUGUUAAACACACGAGUUAGAGGAAAGACGGAGUUGAGGUCUGAUUGAUGGGAUUGUGUUGUGACUUUGUGUGCGAGAUGUUUUUGUUCCAUCACAGCGUCUCUGUGGCGGUGGGUCUGUCUCACUUCCUGAUUUUGCUGUUGAUUGAUUAUCUGGCUUUUCUGUCCUCUUUUCUCAUUCCUUUUGUCUAUUUCAAAUUUCCUCUGCUUUAUCUAUUGCCUUUCUUUACUUCGCCUCCCCGUCUGCCUUCAUCCUCUGUCUCCAUCUCUUCCCCCCCCCCCAUCUCUCCUGGUCCUCCUCUGCCUGCACGUCUGUCUCUAUCUACCUGCAUGACUGCAUCCUUGCCCACCUUCUCCAUUCUCCAUCUCAAAUCCCCUUAUGUCUCUUCAGCUCUGACAACCUCCCUGGGGGGGCUCCUGCUGAGCCAAAGUCAUCCUGACACCUGGGUGAAGUCAGGCAGAACCACUCUGAAAAUCACCUGGUGAAUUGAUUCUCCUUUACAACCCUCAUCCACCCUCUGUUCCCUUCCUCAUCCCUCUUCCCUCGUGUGCUGACCCCCCCGGCUUGUAGUUUCUCCUCGUCUGCUCUCCUCCUGUCUGUGGCCAAUGUCGGCAGAGCUGCUAUGAAUGUAGCAGGUGGAAGUUGAUAAAAAGUGUAAGGGAAGGAAACAGCAACCUUUGUCGUGCCCCUGCUCCUUUUUCCUCACUGUAUUUAUUGAUGAGUCGUCCGCAGGUUUGUCACUGUGCCACGUUCUUCUUGUAUUCCUCAGAGGAGAACGCUGUCUAACGCCAGCUUUUGUUCGGGCCAACUCUUGCUGGCUAAGGGCUUGUUUUUUGUUGUUAUGGUGUUGGUGUUGGUGGUGGUGGGCACAAGAAAUGCUGUCACACCUCUUAGAGUCUUCUCCUGCUUUCUGCACGCCCCUCGCUGCUCCCCACCUGCCUCUGCCAAUCAGCCGUCGGAACGACCUUGUCACAGAUGGCUGAGCCAUGGGGUCACGGCGCAAAGUAGCAGGCAGGACCGCUAAUGGACGCCUGCCUGCCUGCCUGGCUGGAUGACUAGCUAUGUGACUGGCAGGCCAGCUGAUUCACAGCAGGGCCGUCUGAUUGGCUGACUACCGAGCUGACACAUCACUUUAGCUAACUGUGUCAGCAGGAGGAGAGACGAACAGGGGAAUUACUCUGGGUAGGCUUGCCGAGGUAGCUCUGAGAUUGAGACAAACGUGGGAGUUUUAAAUGCAUUAAGCACUUGUGUAAUGAUAAACUUGAAUGAAAUCUUAGUGCCUUGUUAGAAGAGGACUAGAUGUAGGUGUGUGUUAUUUCCAGAAAGUGUGUGUGGUCCAAAAUAUCCAUAGCAGCCCAGGGGACAAUUCACUCAAUUCAUGAAGUGACUUUUCUUGAAAACUGAGAAUCUUUUCAUCAAAAGAAAUCUCCUGAGUCUCAUUUGGAAUUGAACAUGAAUAGACCUCGGCUUUGGUGCACGAACAUCGAAGGCACCACAUCGAACACACGUAAUGCUGGCUGUGGAUAAAGCAUUAGAGACUUUUGUUCCCAUCAUAUUUUCCUCCAGCCUUGAAAAGUUCACCUUAGCCCUAAGAAGACCUCUGUUCUAUUUUAAUCAUGGCGUGAUGCUGUUAUGUUGUUUUUCCCACCUGUUCAAUCCAAAGUACUUUUAUGGGAAAGGGAAUUGUUGUUGUUUACCACUUUUUUUGAAUCCCUUUUGUUUUUAAUGAAAUGUUCUUCCACCUUUUGUUUUGAUCCUGUCAGCUGAUGAUGAUUUUUGUUUGCUUGACGUGACGUUCUGGUCUGUCGCCCGCAUCAUUCUCUAAUCCGAUUAUGUGAAGCAGAACAAUGUACAGUUUGUGCCAUUUUAAUCAUCAGUCCCAGGUACUGGGCUCAGUUAGAUUUACAGUCAGUUAUAGACCAAAACACAAAGCAAUUUGCUCAACAUAUCUUAGUCGAGGUACUUUUAACCAACAAUUAGUUUGUGCUUGGACACAUUCGUUUGUGUAGAUUAGAUUGAACCAUUUUCAGAUGAAAAUAAUUAAUAUGGAAGAAAAACACAUAAAGAAAGAAAGAAGUUGCUAAAUAAAUCUGGAUAGACGUUGCAAAAACAUCCAUCUAUAAACAGUUUUUCAGCCAAGACAUUUUGCAUUGUAAAAUCAUAAAUUCUUCACAUUCAUAACUUUACCUGGAAAACAAAGCAGCAGCUGUGCUGAUGUUUAUAUUUUUAUUAUUUCCACCAAUACAAUCAGUUCCCUAAAUAGGCACCUAUACAGCUGAGCACCAGGAGAAAUAUUAGCUUGCCAAGCAUAAUCCUUCAUUCAUCUAUUCAAACUAGAAGAUUAUAUAUAUAUAUAUAUCUCUUACUCUUCUUUGAGAAUUCCUCCUCUACUAAAGCAACAUUCGGUACAUGUUCGUUUUGUAGGUGUAUACAGUACUUGGUAUUUAACCACAACACUGAAGAACUUGAACAGUCGAUGUUGGAAUUAAUCUGGACUCAUGUCCUCAAGGUGCCACCCCCACCCCUGUUAGAUUGAAGGCUGAGCUCUGUUGGUCAUUUUCAUGGACUUAGAAAUUGGCUCAACCAUCAUUCAAUGUGUUAAUAGUAGUCAUAAUUAUCCUCAGAUAUUUCAGUCAAGUUACCAUAAGAUUUUUCCUCUGUGCCAGAGGAGGCAUCAGAUGUUGCCAUGUUUUCUAGACUUAAUUAUAGUCUGGCAGCCCAUGCAUCAUGUAUGUCAUGUAAUCUGUGAUUUGGACAACAAAUGACAGUCUCAUUUAUUUUUAUUUGUGUUUGAAAAUCCAUCAGUCCCCAUUUUAUUAAAUUUACUCACCUUUUUUACUGUGUGAAAAAUGACAAACUCCUGACGUUGCACUCCUGAUAGAAGAACAGAGUUUUAAAUUUACUUCAGGGUUUUUCCCCCCCCCCCCUAAGGAUUAAGAUGAAUACUGUACUGACAAAGUUGUGUAGAGAUCUGGAUACACAAGGCCACAUUCUGGGCUGAAAUUAGACACUGGUUCAAAUAUAAAGAGUUGUUUUUUGUUACUGUACAAUCUGUUGAGAGAGAUAGUCAUCUUAGACGUCGCUCUUCUUGUUUUUCCUUUUCCCACAUCUGUCCUGCAGAACAGUUUGAUGACAGUGUAGUAACAGUGUUUCACAAAUAACUUCAUUCCUGUUGGUUUGACCUUCAUUUAAAGGGAGGUCGAUUCUUACACAUACCAUAAUAAGCAGCUGAAACACCGUGAUUAUGAUUAUAUAACUAAUAACAUCUACUAAAACCUGCACAUGUGCUGUGAAGUUCAGUCUCAGCUCUCUCAUCAGUCUCGUUUCCAGCAGCAGCGUGCAGCCGUCUCACCCAAUAAGAUCAGUUAAACCCACUGUGUGCUACAUGGCUGGCACCAAAGAGCAGACAGGCAAAAUCGGUGAUAUUUAGCUAGUUCUCUAAGUAGUAUUUUGUACACAGUAUAUACCUUUGGACAAGCUCUGGUUCACAACUAACACUUGGCUUUUUGACAGUAUGGCCACCUUGGUAAUUACUUAAUUCUACAGCUCUCAGCUCCUCCAGCUGGUGUUCAGUCAGUUUAGCUCACUUUAUUUGAGCCUCGGUUUGAAUUGACAAGAGCAGAUGAUGAUAAUUAAUUGUUCUGUGGGACAGAUCCAGGGGAUCUAAAGAAAACUAGAUGAUGUCAAACUGUUUAUUAAUUUACAGGACCAAAGUGUAACAUGGGUUGAGUUAAGAGUCUUAACGGUGACAGUGCACUUUAUUCCAGCUUUUAUCAACUGCAGAAAAGUAAAAACCCUUUUUACUGUGUAUCCACUACAUGAAAUUAUCCUAGAACUGUAUUUUUAUGCCAUUAAAUAGUCCAUCAAUCAUCACUAUAGAAACACUCUUCCACAGUUUAUGGGGUUAGGCCAUUGUAUGUGCUGCCCUUUUUUGUUGUGAUACAAAAUACUUUUUUAAAAGUGGUGAUAAAAAGUGGUCAGACUGAAAUUCGUUGAGCAAUGUAAAGAAAAAUCAUUUUAUAAGAGCAAAGGUUUUUAAUGUCAUCGGCCAGUCACACAAUGACGUGUACAUGUGUGUGAAUUUUGAUGUGUAGGGAAGUGUACAUUUUGUAUCUCAUUAAAAAAUAUCCAAUAUUUUUUUCUACUGACAUUGCAACUGUAAAAGUGUAUUUAGAUAUUUAACAAACUGUACAAUUAAACUGGAAUUGUAUGAUAUUUUUGCUGAAAUUGUAAAAUAAAAAAGGUUUCUAUAUUUGGAUGAAAA